AUGUUGGUAUUUACUAGCACUAAUUUUACUUCUCAAAUAAAGUUCAAUCAGCUUUGUAAUAUGUAUUCUAUUUUUUUCUCUUUUCAGUUGACUCCACUGUUUGUUAUUGUUGGUGGCGCAGUUUUGGGCCUAUUCUAUGCUAUCGUUCGAAAUGGUCUUUCACGUGACGAUGUGCGGUUCUAUUCCAGUGGCAAAAUGAAUUGCGAGGACAUUGAAAAAUCUGGGCCAAGAAAAUUCUUAGUUUUCAAUCAAAAGUACAAAGUGCCUGAGGGUUUGAAGGAAGCGCUGGCUGCUAUUGAAGAACCAACAGAAGAGGAAAAAAUUGCAGCCACUAAGAAGUCUAAGUAAAAAACGAAUUAUUUUGAGAACAAAUAAGGCGGUUUGUUAAUGUAUUGUUUUGGAAAAGAGUAGUUAAAGUUAAAAGAAAAGUUAUGGCUGGAUUAGGACUAAAGAACAAAUGGUUAAGUAUUGCAUAUUUAAAAAAUUAUU